AAGGGGUAUAAAAAGGCAGCGGGGUCCCGCGGCCGAGCGGCAGACGCCCGGCGGGAGCCUGCGGGAGAAGGGGGACGGUGGGUGCACGGCGGCUCCCACCCCGGCCACAGCUCCUGCACGGUCUGUGGGCCCGCAGCCCCUCGCAUCCCUCCUGCCAGCCCGGUGUCCCCAGCCAGGAUGGUGAGCGCGCUGUGGAGCGUCCUGCCCCUGGCGCUGGGGCUGCUGCUCUGGCCCCCCGCCGGCGCCAGCGGCCCCUGCUGGGAGAGCAGCAAAUGCCAGGACCUCGCCAGCGAGGCCAGCGUUCUGGCGUGCACCAUGGCGUGCAGAGCCGACCUGUCGGCCGAGGCACCCGUCUACCCGGGGAACGGGCACCUCCAGCCCCUCUCCGAGAGCAUCCGCAAGUACGUCAUGAGCCACUUUCGCUGGAACAAGUUUGGCCGGAGGAACAGCAGCAGCGGCGGCAGCGGGGGGCACAAACGGGAGGAGGAGGCAGGGGGCAACCCCCCGCCGGCAUCGCUGCCCGCCGCCCCGCCGUCCCACUGGGAGGAAGAGGAGCGAACGGGGCUGGAGCGGGAGGAAGGCAAGCGCUCCUACUCCAUGGAGCACUUCCGCUGGGGGAAGCCGGUGGGGCGCAAGAGGAGACCCAUCAAGGUCUACCCCAACGGGGUGGAGGAAGAGUCGGCCGAGAGCUACCCGCUGGAGUUCAGGAGGGAGCUGGCGCUCGGCGGCGCCGAGGAGGAGAAGGAGGAGGAAGGCCAGGAGGAGAAGAAGGCCGGCGGCUCCUACCGCAUGCGCCAUUUCCGCUGGCAGGCGCCCUUGAAGGACAAGCGCUACGGGGGCUUCAUGACCUCGGAGCACAGCCAGACCCCUCUAGUGACUCUCUUCAAAAACGCCAUCAUCAAAAGCGCCUACAAGAAGGGGCAGUGAUGGGGGAGAGCCCGAGGGGCACCCGCCCCCGCCGCCGUGCCCCCCCCCCAAGCUUUAGCGUCCCGCUGGCAUGUGUUUCACUUAGAGAUCGCUCGUUAUGUCCUUCUUAAUUAGUACUCCGAAGGGGUCCGCUCCCGGGUUUCACUGGGUGGGAUAAAGGCGUCAACCGCUCCGACGCACCUGCCGGCCACGCGCGGGGAGCGGGGACGAUGCCCGGUUUGGAGCACGCCGGAUGAUUUUCAUAU